AUGACGACAUCAUCAUCAUCAUCGACGACGCAAAAUGCGACCAAAUUCUUCGUCCAAAUCACGACGCAAUCGAACGCGAAAAACUACGUCGCCAAGUGCCGGAACCACCGUACUCCUGCGAAAAAGAAGACGAACGAGAAGAACAGUAAACGGGAGAAGACUUUUAUGAGAGAAGAGGAGGAGGAAACGGAGGAAGAGGAAUACGAAUCUCUGUUUCGCGUGAAGAGAGAAUUUCCGGACGAUUUCCUCUCGUUUCGAAACGAAUUGCGAAAGGCGUAUCCGGGGUGCGUGGUGCCGAAACUGUUUCGUCGUCCGAGUCGACGCGACGAUGAGAAGGAGGACGAACAAGGACAACAACAAGAGGGCGACGCGGAGCUCUUUUUGCGCCGGUGCUGCGAGUCGCCGACGAUUGCGCUGUCGAGGAUGUUGGAGAGCUUUUUGACGGAAGGCGUGUUUACGGCGUCGGCUGCCGCCGCGAGUACUGUCACGACUACGAGUUCCGGAUUGGAUGCCGAGUUAAAAGAAGUUUGUAACGUGUUGGCAGAGGACGCGGAUGUGAGAGCGGUGAAGGAAGAGCAGGAAAGGCGGGGGCGGUUUUCGGCUUCAGCGUGGUUCGCGUCACUAUUUAACAGCGGAGGUGGGAGUGGUAGUAAUAGAGGCAGCGCGAAAGAGAGGAAGUACACGCGAACUCGGCACACGGUGCUGAAAGAUGAAGAUCCGACGUAUUUACAAGUGAUCACCUACGCCUCGAAGCUCGACGAGCAGUGCGAAGCUUUCGUGCGAAGCGCGGAAUUGUACAUCGACCAGCUCGAAAAACGCGUGAACGCGACGAAACUACGAGAUUUAGGCGAGGCAGCGUUGAAGAUGGGACAGAGCGAAGAAGGUUGGGGGAAAGCUCUACAAAAACGCUCAAAAAAUUAUUCCUUGGGGUACACCUUGCACGCACUUUCCGAUUGCGCGGAAUCGAUGACAUUCACGGGUACAGCGAGUGAGUUGAGGGCGUGUGAAGCGCUUCGUACUUUAGUUCCGUCUUUUGAAGAUUGCAGGCAACGCGUCGAAGCGAUUCGAGAAACGUUCGAAGAUCGGACGACGGCGCUUUUGCACUACCAAAUCGCCUGCGACAUUUACGACGAGGUCAUCGAGACGCACGGACGCGCCGUGGCAAAUAUACAUCCGGAGUGCUUGGAAGCUGACGCUAAGAGAGAGAUUAGGCGCAAGACGUAUGAUCUUAUCGUCGAAAGAACGAGGGAAGAAUAUGCUCGCUGGCACGCGAGCAUUGGAGUUGAUAUGACGCGCUCCUUGAGAGCGUUUGCAAAGACGCGCGCCAUACUGUGUCGACAGGACGCGGAAUGUUGGGAAAUGAUGCUGAGAGAUCCCAUAGGCGACGGUGACGUGAAAAUGGACGAUAGAGUAGGAGUAGAUGAUCGAGCCGAACGCGAAAUAGAAGCUGCGGUGCGAGAGGGUGGUCGCGAACAACAACCUCGAGGAAAGCUAUUGAGCACGAAGGAAAAGUUACUCCUGGAAAAGAAUGCGAGACGAAUACAACGCAUGGAAAAACGACGUAAAAAAGAAGAACGAGAAGUACUCAGAGCGUGGAAGAGAGAGGCAAAGGAGGCUAUCGCCAAUGGACAAAACGUGCCUGAAAUGCCUACGUUGAAUGAAGAGAAGACGAAGACGAAGAAUGGUAAUAGUAACGGCGAUGCUGAGAACGGAAACGAAGAAAACACAAAGAACGAUUUUGGUGGAAAAGACAAAGCUUUUUCUUCUUCUGCUUCUUCUUCUUCUUCUUCUUCUUCCAUGCCUUCAUCAGCGACGACGACUGCGACGAAGACAACAUCGUCGUCUCUUUUUAAUUCAGUCGAAGAAUCGUCGAGGCGGGAGUUGAACGUGUCUGUGGAAGUAUCGGAAGGUGCGAACUAUGCUCCAAAUGUUACAAAAGGAGAAGAGCAGCAGCAGCAGCAGCAGCAAGAGAAGUCGUCACAAAAACUUUUGCUUUCGAGACCGCCGCCAGAACCGUUCGCCGCUGUGAAAACGGAAGAAGCGUCGAUUAGCGAAGGUCUCGCCGCGAUGAAAAUGGCCGCAGCGGCUGAAGACGAGAACGAUUCCGAAGAAUGGAGCGACUAG